UAUCUCCACCACUCUUUUAUUUUUUCCACUAUGGCGAGACUGAGCGAGUGGGCAUCGCGGCUCGUGUCUCCCGCGGGCGGCUCCUCGUCCUCGUCCUGGUCGUCAUCCGCCUCUUCCUCCUCCUCCUCCUCCGGCCUCGCUUCCCCGUCCCCUUCCAGCUUGGGCGCUGUCUCUGGUGGCCCUGGCUCUGGCACCAUUGACUUUACCUCAUUCCAUGACGACGCCGAGGUCGCGGAGGGCGUCGUGUCGAACGAACCCGAGGCGUUCAACUCGAAAUCGGCAUCCAGCUCGACCGGCAUGCUCAACGCGUCCACGCUCAUGCGCUCGGCUGCCUACUUUCGCAACAUCAAGUACGUUGGCUGCGAGGAGAGCAAGCACGAGUACGGUGACUUGACCAUUGCCCACAUUGUCGCCUUGCUCAAGGACGCAAAGUCACGUCCCCGCCGCAUGACAAUGGUCAUGUCCAUCUACGGCGUCCAAAUUCUGGACAAGACCGAUAAACUGGUGGCCAAUUUGCCAAUCAGCCAAAUUUACUUUUCGUGCCAGCUGCCGUGGAAUCCGGCGGUGAUUCUCUUCUGCGUCCAAGAGAAGCGAGGCGGUAUCUGCACGUACAUUUCACACAUCUUUUACAGCACACGAGCGAAUGAAAUCAACUCGACCUUCCGUAUGUGCUUUUCCCUCGCCUACAAGUGCUUGGUUCAGCUGCGAAAGACCAAGCCGGCUAACUCGGCGGCUUGGGCUGCGGAAAACGAGUCCAUAUCUCGCGCCCAAAACUCGUCCAUUUUCACGGCGUCCCAGGAAGAGCCAGUGUCGGAAGAUAUCAUUCGGGCCUUGGAAGCUGGAGAAGACAGCACAGCCCGAUUUGAACUCAAAACACAUUCGUCGAUCAAUCCCGAUGAUCUCAACGACAUGACCUUGUUCGAAGCGCUCGGCAAGACCUCCAGCGUCAGCUAUCAGACAGACGAUGAAGAGCUCAGCCCUAGCAUGGUCGAAACAUUGCUGCUCAAUGGUUCCGUCCGCUAUAUGGAUCUUCGGUACCAAGGCUGCGUGCCAUGUCCAGACAGUGAUGUGGCCGAGUUUAGUGCUGCGACUCAGCUGAUGAAGAACAAAAGCAAGGCAGGCCGCUCGUUCAUGGAAGUUAACGUCGAGUCGGUUCGUGUGGUCAACCAAAAGCGGCCUGAAAUCUCGGCCGAAUUCCCCACCACUCUCAUUCGAUAUUCGUCCACGGUUCCCAACCAGCCCAAAAUGUUUGUCUUUGUCGUGUCGGAAGGCCAGGAGUCGUUCAUGCAUGUUUUCAAGACUGACCGAGCUGCCGCUGUCAAUCAAGCAUUUGCCUCAUCGUUCAAGCUGGCUGCUGCGCGCCGUGGCGUCCCUGCUGCCAAGCCAACGCAACUGCGUGUGGCUCCCACUCCGCCUGCUCUUCCGCCCAAGCCCAGCAUUCCGAUUCGCAUUCCCAAAUCGCUGGACGAGUCUGCCAAAACCGACACCGCGACAGCAGCUCCCAGCAGCUCCUCCAAGCCCACAUCUCCCGCGCCGCGCGUUGAGGACGAUGGCCCAUCGAUGGACUUUGGCAGUGAGCCCAUCAUGGACUUUUCCGACACUCCACUCAGUGCAGGUGACGAUGACGACGAGGACGAAGCAGGUGCCGGUGCAGUUGGUGAGUCUGGCGGUGACGCAGACGCUUCGCUUUUGUCAGACGCCAAUCGCGCCGAAGCGGCAACAAAGACCUUCCGCAGCCGCUCCACUCCCAACCCGCAUCAGGCAUUGCUUUCCAUGUUUGCUCGCUCCACGACCGCAGAGCAGGACCUGGACGACUCGAGUAGUGACGAAGAGGACGGCAUUGGUGCAAACCCGGGCCGUUCCCGUCCCCCGGCGCCACGCAAGAGCUCUGUACUGUCAGCAACCACGUCCAGCAGCAGUGAAGCCUCCCCGAGCCCAGCCGAGGCGCCUCGCACGCCGCAGCCCACCUCCCCGCGUCCCGAUCCAUUUGGACCCAACGCUGCGGCUCCUCGAACUCGCGAAGAUUCUCGUCUUGCUCGCUCGCAGAGCGUGUUUCAGGACGACACGGAUCCGAACUGGUUUGAACCAUUCCGCGACAAGGCCCUCGAUGUGCAGUUUAGCAACCUGGCGAAAAGUAGAGUUGAGGAGAACGGAGCCGCGCAGGCGUCGUCUAAUCCGACGGAUGGCACCCCUUCACGACCUGCAGCAGCCCCCGUGUCUGCGGCAUCGCCAGCAACCGCUUCGCCAAACUCAACCAAAGUCUUCGGGCCUGCCCCGGCUCGACCCGGAUCUGCGCUUUCAGGCUCGUCGGCAGUGAUUCCACUCGGUGCCCAUUCUCUAACACGGUCUAUCUCUGUCAACGUGCCGAGCGUUGGACCCUCCCUUGUUGGAGAUGCAUCGAACGGCACAUCAACCUCUGGGAACGCUGCGUCGGCCAGAGCCGGGUCGCUGGCCGAUCAUCGUGCUCGCACAACCGCUGCUCAGCCCCAAGAGGCAACUGAAAUUGUGGUGGGAAACGCCACAGUUUCCUUUGCCAACAUUCGUUACCUCGGCAUUUACAGCCUGGCAGACAACGAACUGCCGGUGGAUGAAAUCAACGAUUUCGUCAAGCACUCGACCAAAGGCCGCAAAAUUCAUUUGCUUCUCUCGACCGAGAGCGUUCGCAUUGUCGACGCCAAGGUCAAUCAGCCACUACUGCACGUGCCGCUCGUUCAUGUCCUGUACUCUUCGCUGUUGCACAAGUAUCCCAAAAUCAUCGUCUUCCUUGUGCUCAACGGCGUCGAGCGGAUUGUGCACGUUUUCGAGACCGAGCGCUCGUCUGAAAUUCACUUGCUGUUCGCGGCCAUGUUCACGGCUGCGGUGGAGCAACUGCAACAAUUGCCUGCCCAGCCUCAGCGAAGUGCAACACCGCAAAAGCAACAACAGCCGCAACAGCAGCAGCAGCAGCAGCAGCAGCAGCCGCAACAACAACAGCCGCCGCCGCAACCCAGCCCUGCGCGAACAACUCCUGCUCCAGCCGGCGCUGCGGCCCCGCCUCAAAUCGCUCCUUUUGUGGCGCCAGCUGUGCCAUCGCGCUCCAGCAAACCCAUUAUUCGCGGCGUCAACACCUUCGAUUCUCGAUCACCCGCACCGCUGUCCUCCCCUGCUCCGGUGAUCAACCGCCCGCAAUCCGUCAACAUGGUCCCUCCUGUCAUCAGCCCUCCUCCUCCUUCUUCCAGCAGCCGUUCGGCGACUCUUGCACGCUCGCCGCCAGCAGCCAUCAGCCCUCCGCAGGCAAUCAGUCCUCCGCCGCGUGUCGACAGCCCACCUGCCCGUCCUCCGAAACGCGCUCAAUCGUUCGUCGAUCCCAUCACCAGCUCUAUCUUCAACGACGCCUUCUUUAACGAGAGUCCUGCCAUGUCGAGCUCGUUCUCGCGUGAGCCCAGCCUGCCUCCAGGUGUGUUUGGGGCCGUCGAGCCUGAAGCUCCCAUUCUGGAGUUUGCCGCGUCCGGCGAGCUGUCUUUGUAUUGAUUCAAUUUCCGAUCGCCCCUGAGCCACGGCUUCUCCGUGUCACAUGCAUGAGCGCGAUCCUUUGUGUUUCCUGUGUGUUGUGCCUCUGUAAAUGAAGUUGUCUAAACCUUUAUCACCUGCCA